GGCUCAGUUUCACCAAGAGACGUCUACGACACGCGCUUUGUCCCCCGCGCAGUCUAUCUCAACAUGCCAUCCGGCAAGUUAAAGAAAUUCGUCUCGGACAAGGGCUUCGGCUUCAUUACUCCGGACGACGGGGGCGAAGACGUCUUCGCACACACCCUGCAAUUCAGCGGCGACGGCGACAGCCUGCGGGGUGGUGAGCGGGUUCAGUUUGAGGCUGAGUGGGACGACCGCAAGGGCAAGUACCGGGCCGCCUCCUGGAGCGUUGACACCGCCGCGGCGGCGGCGGUGAUGCUGCCGGGAGUCUUGAAGAAGUUCUUCCAGGACAAAGGCUUUGGCUUCAUCGAGCCGCAGGACGGCAGCGAGGACCUUUUUGCCCACAGCCGGCAGUUCACUGGCGGCGACGCCACCAACAUCUCGGAGGGCACGAAGGUCAAGUACGAAGUGGAGUGGGAUAGCAAGAAGGGGAAGAACAAAGCAGGAUCUUGGUGCCUUGACACCGGGGAUAGCGGCUGUGGCGGCUAUGGUUGUGGGGGCUGUGGGGGCUGCGGCGGUGGCGGCGGCUAUGGCUGCGGGGGCGGCGGUGGUGGCUGCGGAGGCUAUCCGAUGCAGCAGAGCUAUGGGGGAGGUAUGGGGGCCCCACAGUAUGGCGGCGGCGGAGGCUAUGGUCCCAUGGGUGGUGGCCAGAGUGAUCCUCGGUACUCUCCGUAUGGCGCCCCAGCGCCGGGCGGCUAUGGAGGCGGCUCCUCGUUGCCGCCGGGCUGGGAACAGACCACAGAUCCUUCCAGUGGGAAGACUUACUAUUUCAACCGCGCCACCAACGAGACCAGUUGGACCCCGCCGGCUGCGCACGCGCCCCCCCCGGCGAUGCCAGCACCAGGCGGCUUGCCUCCCGGCUGGGAGACAGCGCAAGAUCCCAACAGCGGCAAGACCUACUACUUCAACCGGUCGACCAAUGAGACCAGAUGGGACCCGCCCAUGUAGAGCGCCGUCUCUAAGGAACUUUGGGGCAGCGGUCGAAGGCUUGAAGCUCUGGGGCCUGCAGGCUGCAAGGCUGCAAGGCUUUUGAGGAGCACUAUCAGCAGCGAGGCUCAGGGUUUUGUCCGCCGAUUAGGGAGAGCCGGCUUCAACUUGCCAAGCAUUUUGGACAUAUGACGUUCCGAAUCCUAGAUGAAUGAACGCAUGAC